ACAAUAUUCCUCUUAUGGAUGAGUUUACCAAUAAUAAUAACACCGUUCUUGAAAAUCCGACAUUCAUGAACCACCACCACCACCACCACCACCCUUCUUCCACCAUAUCUUUUUCCGGCGGGGUUCAUCACGAGCCGCCGUCGUUCCUGCAGCAUCCACCGCCCAAUACCAGCGGCGGAAGAUGGCAAACUAACGAAUAUUACGAUGACCACUCCGGUAGCGGCGGCGGAGCGGCGGCACAGAAGCGGCACUCGAAUAUGGCGGCGAUGCGGGAGAUGAUUUUUCGGAUAGCGGCAAUGCAGCCGAUCCACAUCGACCCGGAAUCGGUGAAGCCGCCGAAGAGGAGGAACGUGAAGAUAUCGACCGACCCCCAGAGCGUGGCGGCGCGCCACCGCCGGGAAAGGAUCAGCGAGCGGAUUCGGAUUCUUCAGAGACUGGUCCCCGGCGGGACCAAGAUGGACACAGCCUCCAUGCUCGACGAGGCCAUUCAUUACGUCAAGUUCUUGAAGAACCAGGUUCAGUCGCUCGAGAGGGUGUCGGCGAAUCGUCCCUCGGCGGCGGCGCCGGACGGAAUUGGAUUCCCGGUGCCGAUGUUGAGUGGGAACUAUUUUCCGGCGGGGAUGAAUAAUAUGAAGGGGUACCGUCAGUCUUCCCCUCCGAAUGUGCAGAUGCUUGAAUAA